AAGUAUUCGGAGGUCUCUGAGGCCUCGUAGAGAGUUUACAGCGCACAUUUUAGGCCAAGGCAGGGUGGUGAGUUUGCCUUGCCUGAGCUGUCCGAGGUGUGGAGAACCAUUAAUCCCUUUGGCUCUCGUGCUGACAAGGAACUGGCGGAAUGUCUCAGCAGCUGCGAGGCGAGAGUGAUUUUGACCAGCUUCCCGAUGAUGUGCCUGUUUCUGCUAACAUCGCAGACAUUGAGGAGAAGAGAGGCUUCUCUAGUUACUGCGUCUUUGUGAUCGAGGUGAAAACAAGAGGUGGAGGCAGGUAUAUGAUAUUCCGCCGUUACAGCCAGUUCUAUAACUUGCAUACCAAGCUAGAGGAAAGAUAUGGUUCAGAAAGCAGAAACAGUCGCUUUUGCUGUCUACUCCCUGCCCUGCCUGGAAAAGUUUAUGUUGGUGCAAAGAGGGAGAUUGCUGACAGCCGAAUCCCAACACUCAAUGCGUACAUGAAGAAAUUGCUUAGCUUCCCAGCCUGGUUGCUGCUAGAUGAAGAUGUACGAUUGUUUUUCUACCAGUCAGAGUUUGACACUCAGCAGGUACCUCAGGGGUUGCGAAGGCUUCGCCCACGCACCCGCCGCGUCAAGAGCGUUUCACCCCAGGAACCUGGCUUUGACAGACUGGCAGCCCCGCGGGCAGAGGCACUGUUUGAUUUUACUGGGUCCACUAAACUGGAACUGAGCUUCAAGAAGGGAGACUUGAUUUAUUUGCUCAGCAGGGUCAACAAGGACUGGUUUGAGGGAACUGUCCGAGAUGCCACUGGAAUUUUCCCGUGUGCUUUUGUGGAUAUCAUCAAAGAACUCCCACAGGAAGAGGACACCAUCAACUGGCUGCGCUGCUAUUAUCACGAUGACAAUGUCAGCAGCAUCAGGGACAUAUCGGUGGAGGAGGACCUGAGCAGCACCCCACUAUUCCAAGAACUCAUGGAAUUAAUAAGGCGAGCGUUUGCGCGUGAUGAUAUUGCCCUGAAUUACCGUGAUGCCGAGGGCGAUCUAAUCCGCUUGCUGUCUGAUGAGGAUGUUGUACUCAUGGUGAAGCAGGGCAGGAGUUGGCCUUUUGAGAAGCACAUCUUCCCGUGGAAACUGCAUGUUACUCAGCAAGAUGAUUACAGUGUCUAUGACCCUGUGGGAGCUGGAAUCGCAGCACAAACAGCAACAGGACCAUGACCCUUGUUGCUAGUUUCUGCUGAACAGGGGUGGUAAUACAACAACCUGGAACCACGUGGAACUGUCCUGCAGGACUUUCUCCAUAUUUUACUACACAUUUUCCUUGGUUAACAAUAUGCAUUGCAUUAUCACAGAGGGUUAUUUAGGGUUUCUCCUAAAUACAGAUCCUCAUGUUAAUUUAGACUGUACCCACGCACCUCUCUUCUUGUAGGCUU